GCUGAAAAAUUGUGAUCAUAUGUUUUACCCACUCUGAGUGUUGCGGGAUUUUAAAACUGUACCAAAGUAUAUCCAAGUAUAAUACUAAUACAAGUAAAAAAAGCGUCAGUAGUUAAAGUCAUGGAAAUUCAAAUCUGUCGCGUUUGCCUGGGAACGUCACCUGUAAUGAUCAACAUAUUCGACAACGCUCCAGGACUAGGGAUCUCCAUUGCCGAUAUGAUCACUCAAUGCACUCCCUACGAGAUUUCUGAAGAAGAUUGCUAUCCCGAAAACAUCUGCGACUCUUGCCUGCACUGUGCUCGAACCGCCUUCGAGAUACGCCAAACCAUAGAGACGAGCCACCAGAUCUACCUCCAGAUGAAAAAUACUAAAAAUCUACCAGUCAACGUAAAUCACGGUGUUGGCUUCAGCGAGAGAAAGAAAAAGCAUAAAUGCCUUAAGUCGUCUUCCCAUAAAAGUAUUCUUAAUGCACACGCUGGAGAGAAACCGUAUAAGUGUUAUCACUGUUCAAAGUCAUUUUCCGCGCCAAUUUAUCUGCAAAGGCACAUCCGAACUCACACUGGAGAGCGACCAUACAAGUGUUCCCAUUGCUCAAAGUCAUUUUCCCAGAAAGGUAAUUUGACUGCACAUAACCGAAGUCACACUGGAGAGCGACCAUUCAAGUGUUCCCACUGCUCAAAGUCGUUUACCCAUAAAAGUACUCUCAACGAACACAUCCGAACUCACACUGGAGAGCGACCAUACAAGUGUUCCCACUGCUCAAAGUCAUUUUCCCAGAGAAGUACUUUGACUGCACAUAACCGAAAUCACACUGGAGAGCGACCAUUCAAGUGUUCCCACUGCUCAAAGUCAUUUUCCCAUAGAGGUACUCUUAAUGUGCAUAUCCGUAGUCACACUAAAGAGCGACCAUACAAGUGUUCCCACUGCUCAAAGUCGUUUACCCAUAAAAAUACUCUUAAAGCACACAUACGAACUCACACUGCAGAGCGACUGUAGAAGUGUUCCCACUGCUCAAAGACGUUUCCCAGGCAAUCUCAUCUGCAGAGACACAUCCGAACCCACACGGGUGAGAGGCCGCAUAAGUGUUCC